AUGACAUUUUUACAGCUUGCUGCAUGUUUGUUUUUCUUCUUCGUCAACGUUUUGGCACUCGUUGAUCCCAUCCGUUUUAAUGCGGUUGUAUCAUUAGACGGAUCGGGGGACUUCAAAAGCAUUAGUGAAGCAAUAGCAGCCGCUCCAGACAACUCCAAUGCACGAUUUUACAUUCAUGUAACCCCUGGCAUUUACCGUGGACAUCUUGAGAUUCCACCGGCCAAGAAAUUCAUUGCUUUGAUUGGCGAUAAUGCACUCACAACCAUUAUCGUCGACAAUAGAAGCCACGGCACUGGAUUCAAGACUUCUGAAUCUGCAACCGUAGUGGUCAACGGUGACAAUUUUAUGGCCCAACAUUUAAGCUUUGAGAAUUCUGCAGAACCUCAAAACGGCCAAGCAGUUGCUGUCCUUGACUACGCAAAACACACGGUUUAUUACGAUUGCAGAUUUCUAAGUUUUCAAGAUACCCUAUAUUCAAAAGGAGAACGCCAAUUCUUUAGGGAGUGCGACAUCUACGGAACGGUAGACUUCAUUUUUGGAAAUGGACUUGCUGUGUUUCAAGACUGUAAUAUAUAUGCUCGGUUACCGAUGGAUGAAAUCACAGUCACCGCACAAUCCAAAGAACAAUCGAUAUCCCAAAGCGGCUUCUCCUUUCAGAACUGUACCGUCACAGUUUCGCCAGAGAUAGCAGCCAAUAAGACUAAAGUUAAAAUCUAUCUUGGUCGGCCAUGGAGACCAUAUUCAACUGUUGUGUUCAUGGAGUCAUUUUUGGAUGACAACGUGCAACUACAAGGAUGGAUAUUGUGGGAAGGGGUACCAAUAAACAACCUCUUUUAUGCUGAGUUCAAUAAUCGAGGUCCUGGUGCUGACACAACACACCGAGUUAAUUGGUUGCCCGAAACACGUGUACCCUUUAGAACUGGACUUAAUGCUUAA